AUGCUGUACAUCAAUAGCGGCCUUGUAGGUCCCAAGGCGAUGAGCGGUGAACUCUUCCCUGAGGAGGACACGUCGGGUGCCAAGGUGCUCCUCAUCAACAUGCGCAGUCAUCAGUCUGACCUGCUCGAUCAAACGGAGCGGAGCAACGUUGACCGUCGCCGAUUUUUUCUCGACAUUCUCCACUGCAACGAAGACUUGCACAGGCCGGGUGUGCCCAGCUUUGAUGUGAUGCAGCUGGGAAAACUGAAACUCUCGGCAGACCACACCCACGAGGACUGGAUAGAGCUGGCGCAGCUCAUAAAGAAGGAGUACCACAACUACCGCGGCUUUGUGGUGGAGAGCGGAUCAGACAACAUGGUCACCACCUCCACGGCGGUCAGCUUCUUGCUCGAGAACCUCGGCAAGCCGGUCAUCUUCACAGGCUCGCUCAUCCCUGGCCAUCGCAUCUACACCGAUAUGACGCGAAACAUUAUCCUCGCCUUGGCGUUCGCCAGCUGUAGCCAGAUUUGUGAGGUUUGCAUUCUCUUUGACGAGAUGCUCUACCGCGCAAAUCGCACCAUCAAAAUGAGUCGUUGCAGCCUGCGCCCCUUCGACUCGCCGCACUUUCCUCCCAUCGCAUCUGUGCGCGGCGGUGUCCUGAUGAUUCGAAAGGUGCUUCUCCGUCCGCACCCCACCGGUCGACUGCACAUCGAGGCAGAGCUGUCCACGAAGGUGCUGACGCUCAAGCUGGGCCCCGGAGCACCGUUUGAGUUUUUCCGAACCGCUAUUGAGCACACAAGCGCUUCGGCCCUCAUCCUGCGCUGCUACGGCAGUGGUAACGGGCCGACCCGGCGUAACUUUAUGAAGCACCUCCUCGCUAUAGCGAAGGCUCGCGACUUGGUGGUGGUGAUUUGCACGCAUAACCGCUACGGGCUAGUAGUGCUGUCCGAAUACGAAGCUGGGCGACAGCUUAUAGGGGCUGGGGCCAUCAGCGCCGGUGACAUGACGCAAGAGGCGGCUAUGGUGAAGCUCAAGUACCUGUUUGGUCUUGGCAUGUCUCCGGAGCAGGUGCGCAAGCACUUUCCUGUGGACAUGCGCGGCGAAAUAUCGUCACCGUCCGCAAAGCUGUGA